AUGAGUGGUAUACGCGGUAGGUUCAUGAUGUCGUCCCCGGAGUCGGUGGUGAGCGGGGGCGGUGCGGGGGGCGGGGCGGGCGCGCGGGCGGCGGGCGCGCGCAUGCCGCUGUGCGCCGCGUGCCCGUGCCGCGCGCCGCACGCCGCGCCCGCGCUGCUGCAGCGGCUGCACAUCCAACCGGUUCCCGGCGGGCCCAUAUUCGUUCCUAUGCCGGCGGGCUCGCCGCCCAUCAAGCUGUCCGCGUCUGCGUACUGGGUGUUGAGGUUCCCGCGCGUGUACUGCGACGAGCGCGGCGUGCUGCCCCGCCCCCGCUCCCUCCCCGCCGCCGCCACCGCUGCCCCGCCCCCCGCGCCCGGCACACUCAUCGCACCUAUAUUCGGACUGCAGGACUAA